AUGGUAACUGCGGAUUUGAUCCUCCCUGGCAUUCUUCUCUGCUGCCUUGCUGUUCCUCUCCUUCUUCUCCGUUCCUUUGGACGGAAACCGAGGCUCAACUUGCCUCCUGGCCCUCUUGGGCUACCCUUCAUCGGGAAUCUCCAUCAGCUAGGAAAGAACCUCCAUCGCUCCCUCCUCCGCUUGGCAAAUAAUUAUGGGCCUCUCAUGUACCUGAAGCUCGGUAGCGUCUCAACCCUCAUCAUCUCCAAUGCCGACAUGGCUGAAGAAAUCCAUAGGUCGCACGAUUCAGUCUUCUGCAGUCGGCCCACACGCACCGUCCCAAAACGUCUCUUCGGGGGCCACGGCGUUGUUUUCGCCUCCUACAGCGAGGGGUGGCGCCAGCGCCGCAAGAUCAGCAUGCUCGAGCUGUACACCACGAAACGGGUCCAAUCCUUUAGGCACAUCCGAGAGGAGGAGGUGCGGAUCCUCGUCAAGACAAUCACCGAGACCUCCACCGCUGGUCAGCUGUCCAAUAUCAGCGAUAUGACUCUCUGCCUAUUCAACAACAUCAUCUGCCGGCAAGCUUUCGGCAGGCGCGUCUCGAAGGACGGCGAGUGCCGGAGGAGCAAGUUUCACGACCAGCUGAGGGAGUACGUCGAGCUCUCAAGCAUCUUCUGUCUUUCCGACUUCUUCCCCGCGAUGGGAUGGCUCAACAAGCUCACAGGCCUCCACGGUCGCCUCGAGAAGACUUUCAGUAUUUUCGACAACCUCCUCGAGGAAGAGAUCGAGAACCACCUGAAGCCCGACAACGACGACAACAGAGACUUCAUGAGCAUCCUCCUUCACCUCCAGAAAGAUACCUCCCUCGGGUUCAGCCUUACGCAAGAACAAAUCAAGAGCAUCAUCUUGGUAAGCUAGUUUUCUUAUUACAGAAUCCAAAUAUAUAUUUAUUUAUAUUCGUUUGCGCUCACUUGUUUUCUUGUUUUGCAGGAGAUCUUCUUGGGCGGGUCAGACACAUCGGCUUCGGCCAUUGAAUUCGGGAUGCUGGAGCUGGCUUUGAACCCGCGUGUAAUGAAGAAGGCGCAGGAGGAGGUACGGAGAAUUGUUGGGGGGAAGGCCUUUGUGGAGGAGAGCGACCUUCCGAGACUCGUCUACCUCAAACUCGUAGUGAAGGAGAUUCUCCGCUACCGCCCUCCCGGCCCGAUAUCCUUACCCCAUGAGAGCUUGAAGGACGUCAAAGUUUGCGGCUACGAUAUCCCCGCCAAGACGACGGUGAUCACAAACGUAUGGGCUAUUAUGAGGGAUCCCAAGUUUUGGACGGACCCCGAGGUAUUCUGGCCAGAGCGCUUUGAGGACAGCGAUCUCCAUUUCAAGGGGCAGGACUUCCAAUACAUACCCUUUUCGUCCGGCCGGAGAAUCUGCCCUGGAAUAAACCUGGGGGUGACCGGCGUGGAACUCACCCUCGCAAACCUUCUGCAUUGCUUCGACUGGGAGCUGCCCGAGGGGAUGGAGCCCGAGGAUUUGGACACGAACGAGGCUGGCGGGGUCAUUUUACGCUUGAAAACCCCUCUCCAGCUGAAGGCGAAGCCCGUUUUUUAG